AUGGCGUCAAAAAAAGAGAUUUUAAUUAAGGCAUUACAGGAAAGUCAGCAAAUAGGGAAGGGAAGAUGGUCACACGCAAACACCCCAAGCCGUGUUAGACAUGAAGCGACCACAGUAUUGGGAAUGAAAAUUGCAGAUCCCUCUGACAGGUAA